AUGAAUCACAAGAAGUCUUAAUUAGAAAAAGGCACUUCUUAGGAAAUGGAAUACAAGUUCAAAAUAUCACUAUUUAACAUCAUGCAUAAUAUCAUAUAGAAUAAUUUAUGUAACACUCUCAUUUACUGUGUGUUGUUAAGCAUUGAAAAUUUACAGCUGAUGUACUAUCCGAUUCAUCCAGUGAUCGAUUUUUUAUGGGAUAAUCAAGGACUAAAUUAUUUCAGAAUCAUCCUCCGCUAUUUUCAAUACAAUUACCUGAUUGAUUAAGGUGUAACAAUAUUCAUAAUUUUGUUGUACAUUUCUUUUGGAGUCAUGGUCAUUAUUGGUGUGAUAUUCUUUACUAGCUAAUAUUAAUUAAGCCAAUUAAAAUAUUAAGAACAACAACCAGGCAUGCUUAUUUUUACCUUCAAAUUGUUAUCCUUAUUACUAAUUAUUUUGAAUACUGUAUUGGCACUUCCAUUUUAUAAUAUAUUUUUGGCUACCAUCUAUUGCAGAUCGGAUUCAGCAGCUGGAGCUGACAUAGGUUGUUAUGAAGGCAUUCACAUUCUUCAUAUGAUUGCUGCUAUCAUUGGGAUUGUAUUACUAAUCUUUUUUCAUUUUUCCACAACAUUAUUGUACUUUGAUCUAAAGUAAAGAUUAUUAUUGAUAAAAGUCCAAAAUCAAAAUUCCCUUUCAAUGGUUAUUAAUCUGAUGCUGAAUAUGCACGAAUGCUAUUCAAAUUUGUUACUCCUUUUCUUAUAAUUUUCAAUGCUCCUGGUACUUACAAUAGUGAAAUGGUCGUCUUAUUUGGAGUUGGAGAUCUUAUUCUCCUAUUUUCCAGAUACAAUUAUCCAACAGGAUACAAUAAUUUUAUGUAUUUAUGUAUAAUUACAUCAAUAGACACUUUUACAAAAUAACUCUUGAAUUAAUUGUGUUGUGGAUCAAUAUUUGUGUAAUUAUCACUGACUUUUUAGAUACUGGGGCACCAGAUGACAUGGGGUUACUAUAUUUAUUUGUUUUGAUACCAUGUGUAGUCUUUGGUGGGUUAUAUGCUUUCAAAAACAUACUUAAAGAAUCAAUGACAUUUUAAAUAAAAAACCUAAAAAACGAAGAGGAGGCAGACAAUUACUUAAAUACUCUAAUAUAAUUGAUUUUGGAUCGAUAAUCUCCAAACACAAAAAUAAAGUUGAUGGGAGUAUUAAAAUUGCAUUAUGUGAAUUGUACAAAAACAGGAUGCGCUUGUAAAUCACUUAUUUCAUAUGAUCACAAAAAAGAAGAGGGUACAAAAGAACAUGAGACUUGGAUGAAGCUUUUGGGAUCUGUUUUGGAUGACAUUAUAGCCGAUGAAAAGUUUAAGGAGAAUGCUAGAUUCAAAAUCUUUUAUUCUUAUUUAUGUAACGACGAGUUAAAAAAUAAAUACAAUGCUCUCCAUUAUAUGAUGAAGGCAGAAGAUACAAAAAAUCAUACUCUGAGAGAUGAAUUUUGUUUAUUCCGUUUCAAACAACAUAUUGAGAGUGAAAUGUAAGAAGACUCUGAAAAGGCCUAAGACAUUGAUGUGAAUUCUAUUGUGUUCUUUUAGAAUCAAUUGGUGGUGCUAACUAAUAUGAUUUAGAAAAGUGCAGAAUCGCAUUUAGAAUUUUGGAGAGAACUUUAAGAGGAUCAUCCUAAUAUCUUAAAAUUAUAAAAUAUUGGAUUAAAAGUUUUACAUUAGAUUGAUCUAUGUGAUGAAGGAUAUCAAGAACUUGUGGAGAUAAACAAUAACAAUCUUAAUCUUUUAGAAUUUUAUAAUGCUUAUUUAUAAAUGGUUGUACAUGAUAAAGAAUAACAUGAACAGUUAUCUUAAUAAAUAAGUCAAAUUAAGAAAACAAUAUAUCAAAGAAAGCAAGGAGGAGGACAAGAGUCUAAAAUAACCGAAUCACAAGAGACAAUCAUAAUAACGAUGAGCGGAAAUGUUGGUAGUAUCGGAAUUGUGGCCAGUUGUAAUAAUGAAAUAUAAAAAUCUUUGGGAUAUCCAGCGUCAGAAUUAUUUGAAUAAAACGUGAGCAAGAUCAUGCCAAAAAUAAUUGGUGAUUAACAUAAUUAAUUAGUUGAGAAUUAUAUGAGAACAAGCAAUUCAAAUAUUAUAGGAUUAGAGAGAUUUGUGCUAGCUUAAAAUAGUUAGCAAUAUUUGGUUCCUUGUAAGUUGAUGAUCAAAGUUUUGCCAAAUUUAGAAAAAGGCAUCCUCUUGGUUGGCUUUCUAAAGCCAUUAGAAAAAUUGCCUGGAACUCAUUAUAUGAUAUAUGAUGGAAUUUCAUAAUAAAUUUUAAAUGUUAGUGAAUCAAUGAAGGAUUUAGGAAUAAGAGUUGAGGAUAUUGCAACAACAAGUGCCUAAGAAUAACCAAUCUAUACUUUUGGAAACUUGUUUAAAGAAUUAGGAGAUGUGCUGAAUAAUACUCUUAAUUAAAAUGAUCAACCCUUAAAAAAUUAGGUGUAUAAGUUAGAAGGAGAUAUAUAUACAGCUGAAACUAUUAUUGAUGUUCAACUAUUCAAAUAACUACUUUAAUCAAACAUUCAUGAUUCAGAUAAUAAGAAAAUGGGAGGAUCCAUCAAAGAUUCAGCAAUUAUGAAUUAUAGCGGAGACUUCAAAAAAGUCAAAGUUAAAUUAGAGUUAAUUGAGGAGAGAUUUCCUUUAACAGAUGAUGGUCAGCCUGCAGGAGGAAGCAUAUAUCAUACAAUAGUGAUUCGAGAGGAUAUUGAUUAAGAGAAAGCCAACUAUGGAAAGUCUUUAAUAAAACAGAAAUUGGAUGAGAGCAAGCAUCAGAUUAUCCAAUAAUAAUCUAUUGAUGAAGAGGAAGAUAAAUAAAAGAAUUUUUAAUCUUCAGUUGAUGAUCAAGAAGAAAAUAAAUAGACAAAAGACAUCAGAAGUGCUUUAGAAUAAUCAAAGACUCCCAGACAAAUCAUAUAUCUAAGAUAUCUAACAUUGAUCCUAUUUUUAUCUACCUUAGCGUUAUCUAUUAGCAAAUUAGUUUUAGCAUUAUAAUAAUCAAUUCUGGUGGAUGAGGGUGUCAGUGCUGUUCGUUAAGCUCAUCGAAGGCAUUCUUUAAUGGCAGAUAUAAAUUUAUACAGUCGUUAUUUAUAUUUAACAUCUUUCGGACAUUAUCCUUCAUCUUUAGAAGGAGCAUUCAAGGCAAACAUAAGUGUUUUAGUUGAUAGGUUAUAAGUAAUAUAAUUUGACAUGAUCGAGUUUAGAAUUAAGGUUGAAAGCAGAAGUGGUAUGCAAAUAGAUGAUGAUCAAUAUGAUGUAGUCUUUUUGCUUUCAAACAACGAAACCAAAACUUAUGGGAAUAUUUUCAAUGAUGCUGUUUUUGCUUAUAUUACGUCAGCUUCUUCAUUCAAAAAAGCAACUCUAUCAUAAUUUAAUGAUACCUCUAAUUCUAGUAGCGUUUCUAAAAAUCUAUUUUAUGUAGUCGAAAAUGGUUUGGAUGUUCUGAGAAAUGGAUCUGAAAGAAUAGCUGAUAAAUUUUAUAACUUUUAUUAUGAUCAAGUAGAUGCCCAAACCAGUAACGCUAUAAUUAUUUUAAUUGCUGCUUUGGUAAUUAUCGUUAUUUGCGAAAUUGUCUAUGUACCAAUUUUCAUGAGCAUAUUCAAAGAACGCAAAAGGUUAAUUAGUUAUUUUGGUAUGAUCACUAAUGAUGACAUCAAGAAUUUAAUUGAUUAAGGUGAUAAAUUUAUUUUAGAUCACAUCACAAAAUUUAAAAGUUCUGAUGAUAUUAAUUAAAUUGAGUAACCUCAACAACAAUAACAACAACAACAUAUAAUUGAAAGCUCUUUGAAUCAGGAUCAAAGUCAAGAUAUUGCGGAUAGUCCAAAAUAAAAAGUUGAAGUCGAUCAAAGAAAAUCCCUAUUUGAUUAAACAAAAGAAAAGCAUUAAAGAAUAUACGAAAGUAAAGGUGGAACACAUUACUUUUUAGUAUUUUCUUUUAUAUUUAUUGGCUCACUUUUAAUGAUUGAAUAUAUUGUAAUGUAUGUUUUAGAAGAUCAAUCUAUUAGUGAUGCUAAGUUAAUCCUGGAUCACUACUUGUACAUCUCUCGUCGAGCAAGCAUUAUUAAAUAUAAUAUACUGUUUACAUUGGAAGCAUUAGUGAAUAAUGGUCAAUCCAGGUUUUACUUGGAAAAUGACUUAUCUAAAUAUUAUAAUCAGAAAGUAUAUUCUAAUGAAUAGGAUCUAUUCAAGACUUUAACCUAUACAUAUCCCAGUUCAUUUGAUGCUUAUUUUGCUUUCUUUAAUGAUAUAAAUUUCUUGAAUGUUUGUGAGCAUAUCACUUGGAUCAACACUCUCGAUUUAAUUACUUAGUCGUUUGUCUUUGUAGAUACCACAGAUAAUUUCACAAAUUACACCUUCUCCUCAUCGGAACUAAACUAAGAAUGUAAUACAGUUAAAGGAGGACUCUUAACAAAGGGUUUGAGAGAUGCGAUUUUCUUGGUUUCUUUGGGAAACAACGAGUUGUUGGCUACUUAUUCAAAUUUAUAAGAAAGUUUGGAUGCAUUCCAGAUAUAAGAAUUAUUGCGUAAGUACAUUUUACCAACAUUUUGGGAGAAUAAUAAUAUAUUCUAAACUUGCUUUUAUAAGUAAAAAUUAUUAAAUUAUAUGCAUUAGCUUUUUAGACAUUCGAGAUUAAGUAUAGAUCUAUAAUUUUGUUGGAUUUGUAGGGUUUUUAAUUUUAAUUUUCUUCUUUUUGUGGAUUUCUUAUAUAGCCAAGGUUUAAGCUGGAAUACAAUAAUCAAUGAGAAUGCUUACUCUGAUCCCUGAUGAUCUUAUAGAUAAAUACACAAAACUUAAAGAGGCUAUCGAAUAUCAUGUCUUAGGAAUUAAACAGUAGCAAUAAUGAGAUAUUCAAUUAUAUAAUAAUUAUAUAA